AUGAAUCAAGAUUACUUCUUCACGAGUAUCUUGAGAGCAACCCCAUCUUCUGUUUUUCUCCCUUUUCUUUUUUUCCUCUCUUUUUUGGCGUUUUGUGUACGAAUGGUUACUGAAUGAACCCUUUUACCCUCUCUCCACCUCUCUGUCUCUCUCUUCUCUCUCUGGAAGAAUCAGAUUCUCAGAACACGAGGAACGAGUUGCUCUUCUUUUUGGCCCAUCUUUACCAUUUUGCUUCUUUUUAGCAUUUCUCUCCAGUUAAUAUGCACUGCUUCUCGCUUCAGUACUUCUCUCUCGCUUACUCCCUCUCUCCCUCUCUCUCUCCCUCGGUGCCAAAGCCAACACUUUUGCUCUGUAUUCACAUUUUUCUUCCUUUUAUGCUUUUCAUGAAACUCUUUAUGGAAAAACUCCGGUCUUCUGAUCUGCAACUCCUGCUUUUCAGAGUCGCAUAGUUGUUAACAAAGCAGAGGAGCGAAGCGAAGCGGUAGAUCUGGUUCCGGGUCGUUCAGCUCUUGGGGUCGUUUCUCAGACGCGACAACUUCUUGUGAGCCAACGAAGCCGCUUUCGCUAAAAUCAGGGGAAAGGAAAGGAAAGGAAAGAGAAAAAGAGAGAGAGCAGGAACAAAUUAAAUGAGAGCACUGUCGUUAUUGUCUCACUCGCGGUCGACUCAGAAAUGGACAAGACUCGCGACGUGAUGCGUAAAGCCAGUCGGUCCUCGCCUGCAAAGCGACACUUCGAUGGCCAACCUCUCAGAACUCACCAUAGCACCCACACCAACGACAACAAUAAUAUCUCCUCUGCUUUGGAGAGGUCGAAGAGAGAGAAGCUCAAGAAGCUGAGCUCUGUUUGCGAGAAGAGUGGGAGCUUCGUGGACACUAAAAUGAAGAAGGGCUCUGGUGCGUCCCCCAGAGAAGAAGAUGGGGUCGAAUUUGUUGCUGCUGCGAAGAAAUUGAAGCUUCCCAGAAAGUUGUUGGGCGACUGCAAUGCCGUCGACAAAGCCUCUGUUCCACGGAAGCUCCGGUCAGCCAUGAAGAAACGCAACCGUCAAUCUCUCUCUCCUACUUUGCCCGAUUCGAAGAAGACGAGCCAUUCAGUACGUGGAGGCGAAUCGCACAAAAAGAAUGGCGUAAAGAGAUUCAAAAAGGAAAGAAAUUCAGGCUGGUCCCCAAGAGCCGCUGUUUCUGGGUCCAUCACGAAAGAUGAGGAGGAAGUGGCCGAGGCCUUGUAUGCAUUGGCUGGUAUAUCUCCCAACAAUGCCACUAAUGACAACACAUCCGGCGGCGAUUCUUUGAAAGAUGGUUGUGGGGGAGCUGUGCCUGAAGUUACAGAAAGUUCAACACUCUCAAAAGUUGCACAGGGAGAGUUGAACUCGGAUAUCCUGGCUACUGGAGAUAAUGACGAGAAAUCGUCUAAAGAAACCACAAAAGCCAUUUCUUUGAGUGAACCUAAUUUGAAUGAACAGCAUGUUUUGGUAGGUAGCGCAGACCACCUUGAUGUUUCAAAAAGUAUUACUGAAGCUAAACUACAACAAACACCUCUGUGGUCUAAGAGUGAACAAAGCUAUGAGAAAUCGCACAGUGCUUGUGGUUUGGGCUUCACAACCGAGUUUGGCCUUGCCUAUAGGUUUAAGCAGUCUGAUGAGAUGGCUUGCUCACUCUCUCUAGGGAAGCAAGAAAAUAAUUACCCCCUGGCAUCAAUUACUGUAAACCAAUUGGAGCACCGGGACAUGGUCAAGGACUCGAGGAAUGAUUGUACCACCUGGUCGCUGUGCGCGUCAUCUACAAUGUCGAGUGAGGCCAACAUUCUCUUGCAGUCUCGUCCGGUCAAGAUGCCUCCCUGGUUGGACGCUGCUGUCUGUUCUACGAAGCCAGGCUCAGUGGAUACAUGCUUGUCAACCCAAAAGGUUUUCCAGACAUUGGUUGAUAAAAGGCCUUGGAAGAGGUGUGCAACUCAUGUGCAUAUAUGUCAUCUCAUUCGGCUAUUACAAACGGAAGAGAGUAAAGACAGCCUGCUACAGCCUAAGCAAAUAAAACAAGACAAAGACAGGAAGCAGGAACAAUUUGCCCAAAUCAGCCUUAAUGGGUUUCGUGGAGUCUUUUCCGCUGCUGGCAUAGAGUCGGACACUAAAAGGAGACUUGAUGAGGUUAGAAGUGUUACACUUCUGCCAAAGAACCACACUCAAGAUAGGCAGGUCGCAUGUCCACCUUCAAUAUUCCCCAAAUCGGAGAAGCUGGCUUUCGAUUUCCUGUCUCUGUCGGCUGGAGGUGGUGGGGUCAAUUUCAGGAAUACCAGUGGUAGUGCUGGAAGAGUAGACAAGUCAGAGGCUCGGCCCCAACUGAGUUUUCCUUAUGUUGAUUCUCUUACUCAACGACAUAUCUCCAUGGGUCAAAAUCAUUAUUUGUCUGCUUACUGCGACCAGCUCUCAGGAGUAGCAUUGCAGCAGGGCCAGAUGCAGCUACCUGGCUUCCUUGGCAGUUCUGGAUCUCCGUCUGUGCUUAAUGGGACAAUGGUUUCGGCUAAGGAACAGCAACAUCAACAGCUGCUUUGGGCAGCCCAAGUAUCGGCUCAGUGCAAGCCUGUGGCUGUGGCUAAUUCCAAGACCAUGGCUCAGUAUCCUAGUUGGCAAGGUGGAAUACGAGGGUGUCCUACCCUGAUCCCACGUCCUCAAGCAGUCCUUCCUCCUUCACCUUCUGCACUCGAAGUACUCGGCCCUAAAUACACUCCCAUACCGAAUCAUCUUCAUCACCAGCUCCCUUCCCUUAAUUCAUCAAUGCCUCAUCAUGGCAUGAAAAGGCAAGACCACCAUCCCCACUCUGUUUACCAAGAAACCACGGCCCGGUUUUACACUGGUGGCUCAUUGCCAUUGCAGCUACUAUGCAACGAGCACCUUUGAAGUGAGGUGUGCGGCUUUGAAUUGAGCUGCUGAAUGCUCUUCAACUUUGAGAUGAGCAAAUCGAAAUUGAGCUCCCAUGGACAAUGUGUGUUGGACUCUGAUUGGUGGCCAUCAUUGACCAGUUGAAGUAGCGGUGAAGAACGAGGACGCACUUGUAUGCAAGUGGGGCAUAAUCAAUGAAGACACCAUUCAUAACUCAACUCUUAUAAGAUGCGCAGAAGUGCAGAUUGAUUGGAGGAAACUCGAGGCUUCAUCGGCGAGAUAUUUCUACGCAUAAGUGGUGGCUCAACCCCUGAAUAGAUCCAUCUCUUGGUGUUUGAGUUCUUAACUCGUUGGGCUGAGGGAGAAGCUACAGUUUCUCUCUUAUAUAUGGACAGCUUCUGCGAACUUUAGUUAAUCUCAUCUACAUAUAGAGCCAUUUUGUUCCUGUUCUUCCACAUGUGAUGUACAGGUCAGGCACUCUGGCUCAGGUGUUGAUACUUUGUUAGAGGUACUAAAAGCUGGAGGAAGACUUGAGGGAAGAGGAACGAUUCUUCAAAUGCUUAAUUGCUUGUAUGGAGUCUUUAGUAGAGAGCUUGAAGUUUCAAUAGUUAAACGGUAGGACAUUUCCUUUUGCAAAACCUUAGGUAUAUUUCACAUGUAUAUAUUUAGAUGACGAUUGAAUUUUCAUAUAUUUCACAUGUGUAUGUUUUGAUGA